UACAAAGACUCAUAUUAACAGUGCAUUUAAGAAUCUGCAGAGAGAGCCAUGCAGAGUCCAACCCAGGCGAACAGUGGACAAAACCCUGUGACCACAGCAACCGCAGAGCCCCAACUGGACAUCCAGACUGAAGCUCAGCCAGCACAAAGUAGAACAGAUGCACAAGAGGAGGAGAAGAGAUCCACUGCUCCCUCUGAGACUGAAACACCAGUCCCUCCACAGGAAAACAGGUCAGGUGUGCAAACUGCAGAAAAAUCUGCAGGUGUGACACGGGCACAAACAGAGCCCAAUGAACCCGCUGUUCAUUCACUCACUGAGCCCACAGAAAAUACUGAAAGGAUGGCGACUGAGCCAGCUUCAAAGCCAAGUGCCCCAACUGAACCUGUAUCUGAUGGAAAUAAAACUCUGGAGUCUGAUGGGCAGAGUUCAAAGAAAAAAGAUCAAGUUGUCCGGGAUGGAAGGAAAUAUGUCCCCUCGAAGAAAGCAAUGAUUGAUCCACUGAAGAUGGACAUGUCCAAGCCGUUACUUAAUCCUCUCACAUCAUCUCAGCUCUCCCUGCAGUGUCUCGAGUGCCACAUAAUCUUCAGUGAUCACAAGAGUAAAGAGCGUCAUCUGAAGCUGAGCCACCCAGCAGAAUAUGAACAAUCAAUACUGAGGAAUGCCCUUUUUGCCUGCUAUGUUUGUGACCGCCACUUCACAAACUCCACAGAGCUCAUGGUCCACCAGAAGGCCCACGUGGAGAGGAAACCCUUCAAGUGUCCGAUCUGUGGCGAGGCCUUCAACAAAUCGUCAGAGCUCACCAUUCAUAAGAAAAUUCAUUUUGGCCAGGGUGGCUACGCAUGCACAGACUGUGGCAAAGCUUGUAAAACAAUGACAUUGCUGAAGUAUCACCGCCGCACACACACUGGAGAGAGGCCCUAUAUCUGCAAGGAGUGCGGAAGGAGAUUCAACAUGUCCAAAGCUCUGCAGAAACAUGUACUGUCCCACAUGCAGGAUGGAGCCGAGGAAGAUGGAGCAGACAAAGCACAGCUGAAGACAGAUGAGGGUAUUCCUAAAAACUAUCCUUGUUCUGUAUGCAAUGCCCCCUUCAAAAGUACCAAGACAAAGCUACAUCACAUGAAAACUAAGCACACUUUGCUGCCUGCUGCAGCCAGUAAGGCCCUCCCUGCCGGACACCAAGUGAAGCCUAGUACACCUAUCAUAACUCCAAUAUCUAUCUCCCAACCUGUACUGCUACAGCUGGAGGCCAAUGGACCUCUGCAAAAAGUUGAUUGCAAUAUUGACACAGAUCAGAUUCGCAGACUCAUUGAAUCUUUGGGAAAUGUGCAGAGAGUGAACCAAGUUGUCAUAUUGGGGCAGGUGCCCCCUCAUGCCCCACCCCUGGAAGUUCAGCAGAUAUCACAACAGUCUGAAACUAUGAAUUUGAAUCUCAAUCCACUCCAUAUAGAUUUCAUGGGUUUGAAACAGCCUCAAUGUGGGACUGUUGAAUUGGACUCUUUAAACAACCCCUGUGACCCAAUGGAACAAACCAUUAUACUGGAGCCCAUUACGCCGGAUGGACAGCUAGAAAACCCAUCUUUCUCAGAACUAGGUUCCCACAUAGCAGCAGUUGAUGAAAGUAUUCAACUGACACUUGUUCAGACUGAACAAAGAGAGAGACCAGAGGGAGAUGGGAUGCAUCAAAUUCUUCAACAGCCUGAUAUUAGUGCUAUUCAGUGUGAUAAUUUAGAUCAAAUGGUUUGUCAAAAUGAACAAAACUUAGAGCAAACAGUCAUAUUAGAACUUACCCCCGCCUUGAUACCAACUGAGGAGCUGGAGCAAUCCCAAACUGUGAGUCUAAAUGAAAUCUCGUCAUCCACUCUGGUAACAACUACUGAACUUGAGGAAACUCCACAUCAGGCUCCAGAUCAGAUGGUAAUAGACGAAGCUGAUCCCAGCCUGUCCGUCUCAUCUCUUACUGUUGAGUUGGAGUUGACACCUUUACAAAAUGGUUAUCAGGAAAUUGUCAUAGCAGACGCACUAACACAAACUCCAAAUGAAUCUGAAACAAAUCCCAAAGCAGAGGUUGAUACACAAAUGCAAACAGUGAGUCAAGAUCAGAUCCUUCCUGUCCUGGAUAAAGCUUUGCCUCAAGGCACACAGGAAAAGGCUGAUCAAGAACCAUCUGAACAAGAACCAUCUGAACAAGAACCAUGUAAACAAGAACCAUCUAAACAAGAUCAAUCUCAACAAGAACGGUCCAAAAACUUGAUGGCUGAAAGCAAAGAGGGAGAGGAGAAGGUGGAGAACCUGUCUGAAAUGGAGACUCCAUCUGCUACAGAAGAGGAUCAGCCACAAUCAGAGGCCAAAAAGGUAUCACAGAUUUCAGAGUUACCUGUAAAUAUAAUGUCUGCUCAAGAGCUGGUGAAAGUGCGGAAAAGAAAAUCUGCAAAGGCGUUUCUUUUUCAAGGAUAUAUGCAAGACCUGACUGGAUCCUUAUACAACGACGAUUUCCAAAUUGAUGCGGCCCCUGCCAAACGCCAAAGACGAAAAAAGUCUCAUCUUGUUGUUAAAUUUGUCCCACAAAGCAAAGAGAAAAAGAACAAGAAACAGAAAAAGCCAUCACAGCCGCAUCGGACAACACAGGAAGAAGUGUUAACGAGUAUAUCACCAACACCAGUGCAUCUCUCAAAGAAAAAAGUAUCCUCACAAAAGAAGGCGAGAAAGGGUAAGAAGGGCAAGAUAGUGGGACAUUUGGUUUCUACAGCUGAAAUAAAGUCACCUUCAUCAAUCAAAGACCCACAGGUUCAACAAAAUAAAGAGGAUACAAGAAAAAAGAAAAGGAAAAAAGAAGUAGCCACAAAGCAUGUAAAUAACAUAGGUGACCAAAAUACUAUUGCCUCAACAGUUUCUAAGAAAAAACAGGUAAAAAUGAUGCAAAGAGAUCAGCCCAAGAUUGCAAAGGGGGGCAAGGGGAAAAGAAAUUUGGCAGCUAAGCAACUAGACAAGACAAAAACAAGCGCAACUUCAGCAGACAUAACAGAUCCACUCAUAAUGGAAGACUCUCUUCUUUUACUGAAAGGUCAUAAACAGCCCCAGUUGAAAGUAUACAAGUUAGACCCUUCUAAAGCAUCCAGCAACAAAAAGGAGGAUCUACCUAAUGAGUCCCAAAAAAUGUCCUCACAGAGUAAAAACAACAAUCUGAAACGUCCAGCAAGUGAGUCUACAAUUUAUCCCACAUCAGAGGGUAAGAAAAAGGGAGGGAGAGUCAAAAAGAACCAGAAAGCCCUUUCACUGUUGUCCUCAUUAAAGGUUUCCCGUGAUCCACUUGAGACAGUGCCAAACAAGUCAAAGACCACCAGGAAACGUAAAGCCUCUCCGAAAGUGGAAACUGAAGGAGUAAUAACUUCUUCUCAUACAAAGCCCGCCUUAGAGUGCAAGGACUGUGGGGAAAGAUUCAGUGACGUCUCGUCCCUUCAGAAGCACAAGACCAUGGUUCAUGUCAUAGAGAGCCCUGGUCUUACUUACACCAAUGGGAACAUAUUUGAAGGCGUCUCCAGGUUGGAUCUUUACCAGCUUCCAAUACAGCACAAUAAGGCUCUUGGGUUGAUGAAUGCUGCUACGGGAUGGGAUACUGAGCCUGAGAUGGGAGAGUUUGUAUUAGAAGAUAGAGAGCGAAAUGUCUCUUUCCCAGCUUUGAUUCCGUCGCCUUCUUUACCUGUUCCACCCUCAGAUGUUGAAAUAAGGGCUUAUGAAGAUAAAGAUGGGAGUAAAAUAGAACCAGAUAGCCAGUCACCAUAUGAUCAAAUAAUAAACAGUGAUACCCAUCCCAAUAUCCCACCUGAAUCAUCUUUAAGUGCCUCUACUCUGACACAGAGGUCAGAAACAGGAAAGCCUUUGGCGUCAGAUGAGGCUAAGCGAGAAGAAGUUACCCCGAAGAAUCCAAGCUUAGAACCUGAAGGCCAUGGAACUUUGGAUGAAAAUAUCAAGAAGGAUUUACUUUUUGAGGAAGAUUUAGUUACCUUAGGGGAAAAGAAUGAGAGAGAUGACUCAGCUUCCAUCAAAGACACAGUUCGCCAAAGUGAAUCAAAUGCUUCCUGCAACUCUGAGGUUAGAAGCACUAACAGACAUUUUGGGCAGGCUACUAAUGAAGCAUGUGAAAAACCUCAAACUUGUCAGACUGUGUCAUGCUCCACCCAUCAAGGGGAAAUCAAAAAAGAGGAGGAAGAAGUAUUAGUCCAGAAGAAGAAAGGAGUGAAAGGGAUUGUUGUGAGGAAUGCUUCAAAAAGUAGGGGAAGAGGAAAAGGGGGUCUUAAAGGGGAUGUGGUCUCGAAGAGAGUUUUUGCUGGAGAUGCUGUCAGAGAAUCAGAGUCAAAAAAAGAACAGGGUGAAUGUCAGGUAGUUUACGAAACCCAGCCUAUCACCUCUGAUUCAGAAAUAAAUGAAGAAGGUGGGACCAAUCCCGAAUUGAAGGAAGACAAUGCUACUACAUCUGCCAUGUCUUUGAUAUCCAUGCCCUGCACAUCAGAGGAAUCUCCUAAUGGGCCAGAGUCGGUUCCGACAAGAAUAGAGGGGAUAGUGAAUGAAAAGGAAAUGCACGAAGGAGAGGAAUGCGGCAGAGACAGCUCUCCAGGUAUCAUACUUGAGAAGGUUGUCACCUCUACACCAAAAGGGACUGCUGACAAGGAGCCAUACCUGAUGACAGCAAGAAACAGUCAAAGAAAGGUUUUGGACAGGUUGGCUGAGAAUGAAGUACAGGUCUUUGGGAGCCAGGAGAUCAAGGUUGAAGAGAUUAUUUCAGAUCCCUCACUGGCAGGAUCGGUCUGCCAAAACAGACAAAGUGCAAGUAUGCAACCCCAGCAUCACUUUGAUAUAAGGACCGUCCUGGUGAAAGAGGAGUGCAGCCUUGUACUGAAUGAGACUCAGGCCACACAGGGCAGCAGCAGCAUCUGUUGGAAUGUGGAGCCAGUCAGUGCUGUAAACACCUCCAGUCCUGUAAUGAAUAGAGGGGAAACGAGAGAUGUUCACGUCACCCCUGAGUUCAGCACCAACCAGUGUAUCUUCUACCCAGUGAAGGAAGAGGAGAGGGAGGUUCUUGUGGGUGCUGCUCAGACCAACAAUGAAGAUUUAUCUACAGGGUCGUCCAGUGAAACCCAGCAGACAGAACUUCAAGCAACAGAUGGAGGGCGCCAUUCUGCACCAGACCACCAGAAAAAGAGAGUUAGACAUCUGUUGUCAGAUACUCGAGAGAGUGACUUUGCAGACGGACAAGCUGAGACAGACGCUGAAUGGCAGCAUACUCCAGACGUCCAGGACUUUCUCCUCCAGAGCUCCGAUGAGGAGGAUACGGUUGGAUUUGAACUGGCUGACCCUCAGCUUGACUCAGAGGCAGAAGUGAUGUCCUAUUUCAACAAGAACCACACAAACAGCGCACAACGGCCAGAUGAAACAUCAAAAAAUUUUCCAGAUUCAGAGGUCCAUUCUCAGGCACAUAAAGAGGGAGAACGGACCAGAAGGCCCAUUGAUUACUUUUCCAAGUAUUUUGGUUGGGAAACCUGGGUAGAAAUUGCAAAUUGCACAAAUAAACUUUCCAACACGACCAAUCCUGUUACAGCCAGAGCGGUUGCACAGUUUGUUGGGAUCCACAUUGCGAUGGGAACUUUAAAGUUUCCCAGUCUGAGGCUCUACUGGGAGGACUUGACAAAGGUGCCCUUGAUUGCUGAAGCGAUGCCCCUUUCUCGUUUCCUUGAGCUGUCUCGUAUGUUGAAGCUUGCUUCUCCUGAAAGGGAUCCACUUGACAGAAACGUUCAACAAAGAACACAUGAUAGUGAUUUACAUCACAGUAAAACACUCUCAAGCAAGCAAAGUGAUAUUUAUCCAUCCAGUGAUGAUCAGAGGCAAGUUCACACACCAAAUGACUCUAACGGUUCUAAAACCCAAACUGAUCCCCUGGGGAAAGUGCAGCCAAUACUUUGUCGAUUUAUAGCUGGGUGCCAGUCUUUGAGACAUGAUGGCGGGUAUGCAGUUGACCAAUAUCCAUUACCUUUGACUGGGAAGAAGCACAAUAAGAAACUCUCUCUCCACUGCACUACAUUAGUUGGAUUCAGUGGUUUGCUCUUACAUGUGGAUCUUAAAUUGGGUCCGUCUGGCAAAGAAGAUGCUGUUGAAAAAAUGGUUCCAAAGGGCAGUACGGUGUUUCUUUGCAAACAGGAACUCUCCACCCCUGCCAUGCUGGAGCGUCUGUUAGUUGCUGGGGUACAUGGUGCAGGCAGGGUGGGAGGGGCACGAGGACAGAUUGGAGAUGAGUUUGUGAGCUCAGAUGGGAAGCUGAUGUUGCGUAGAUCACACUGCGGCUUCAUACUUUCUACUGCGGGGAAUGGCCAAAGGAACAUGGCUUCUCUCAUUGACAACUUUGAGAAGGCCCAGAUGUCGACUCAUCUCAACAGAGACCUGCUGAAGCUUUACUCCAUCCCCCUCACUGCCUCCGCUUCAACCUGCUGGCCUCAAGCUGUGCUCUGGUACCUGACAGAUAUGGCUUUGGUCAACUCCUGGCUCCUUUACAGACAGGAUCACGUGGCGGCCUCUGCACCUUUGUCUUUCAUGGCCUUUAGGUUGGAGGUGUCCAAGGAUUUCAUCCUAUCUAGCGACUCUGAUACCCAGGAUUCAGUUCCUCCUCAACCCCCUGUAGAGAAAGUCCAUGCAACACAUGAAACCACAAAUCUUGGCCUGGUGGAAGAAAAUCCUCUCCCAGAUGCAGCCACGCGGUACGACGGUUCAGGCCACUGGCCAGAGCAACUUGUCGAGGGAGAAGGGGGAAGAUGUCGUUACGGGGACUGUCAGAGAACAUCUCGAGUGCUAUGCCUUAAGUGCUGUGUAUUUCUUUGUAUCUCGCGAAACCACAACUGCUUUUUGAAUUUUCAUAGUCAAGAGGGGUUGGGAGAAAAGUAGUUUCAACAUCUGUGCUUUUGGUGUACAAAAACCCAGUGUAUCAAAAAAUGGUAUUACCUUUUAUGUCUUUAAAACUUUUCCACAAUGCCUUUCACUGUCCUUGUCAUUGUAUUGAUGAAUAAUUGUGCUGCAGUUUCAAAAAACAUGCUUUGUUCUGUGAGCAUGUUUAAAAAUGAAUUUGCCUUCGAAAGGAAAUGUGAUAAAAUGGCUCAUAACCAUGAAUUUUGUGCUGCAGAAAUGGUGUAAUUUAAGUAUUUGAUUUUGCAAUGACCAUGUUUUUUGUGUUACUGAACUGACCUCAUUUGCAUUUCAUACUGAGCUUUUCAUUUGGCUCUAUGAAUUGAAAACGUAAUUUAUGUGAUUUAAACAAAACAAUAAAAUACUUUGAAAAAUU